AUGCCAAGUGGACGUGCCUUUCCUUUGACUCCAUAUAAUCCAGAGUUGGAGAGGACAGUCAAGGCCAUACGACGAGGGCUUAGAGCCGCACAACGAACCCAACAAGCAUCAUCUUCCAUUCCGGUCAAUAUUGAGGACUUUAUACACGAAGAAGAAGUUACCACUCCAAGAUCUUCUCAAGGAAGUUCUCCUCACUUUUCUAGAUCAUCAAGUCCUACCAAUAGUGAUCGCUCAAUGGCGGAACCUCCUAGAGACUUGAGAAGCUAUGGUGUUCCGGGUCCUUUUGAGUCAAGAAGCGCCAUAACUCAACCCACUACCCAAGCCAAUGACUUUGAGCUUCACCUCGCUUUGAUUGGCUUGACAGAAAGGAAUCAAUUUAUUGGAGCAAAGGAUGAGGAUCCACAAGCUCAUUUGCAAACAUUCACGGACUAUUGUUCUACGGUCAAACACAAUGGUGUCUCUCAAGACUACAUUCGCCUAAGUCUCUUCAAAUUCUCUUUAGCCGGCAAAGCAAAGCAAUGGUUGAAGAAACUUGAAAAUGACUCUUUGGUUACAUGGGCUCAAGUCACUCAAGCUUUCAUUGGCAAAUACUUUCCUCUGGAUAAGACCGCCGAUAUGCGCUCUCAAAUUAUGACAUUCAAGCAAGAGAGUGAUGAAACAUUACAAGAAGCUUGGGAGAGGUUCAAAGAGUUAUUGAGGAUAUGCCCUCAUCAUGGUUUGAAUGAAGGUCUUACACUCCAUUGUUUCUACCAUGGUCUCACAAAAGCCUCUAAGACAAGUCUUGAUGCGGGUGCCGGUGGUCCAAUCAUGAAGAAGCCUCUAGCGGGUAUAUCCGAUAUUAUUGAUGAUGUAGUGCAAAAUGAUUCGGAUUGGGGACAUGAUCGCAAUGAACGAAGAGGUGGGAGGUACGAUGUGGAGCCCAUCAAUAUGCUCUCUACCAAGCUUGAUGCAUUGGUCACCCAAUUACAAAGGUCAAAUAUGCUUUCCUCUUCCUCUUCUACAUCUCAUCCCCCUCCCAAAUCUCCUAAUGCACCCAUGCAUGCUCAUAAUGUCUCACAUGUCAAUUCCAUGCCGAUGGAUAUUAUGUUUUGUGAUUUGCGUGGUUCAUAUGAACAUCAUGCUAAUCAAUGUUAUUUGAUUGAAGCCUCAUCUCCUACUUCCCCUCAAAUGGAACAAAUGAAUGCCUUUCAAAACUAUUCCAAUCCUAGAAGGGACCCAUACUCUAAUACUUUUAACCCGGGUUGGAAAGAUCAUCCUAACUUUAGUUAUCGGGGAAACCAAGGACAAGGACCUAGCAACCACUACUACCAAAAUCAAGGCCAAGCCCCCUCCCACAUGCAUAACCAAAGACUUCCGGGUAACUACCAAAGUAAUAGACCUCCCUUCAAUCCACCUCCCGGUUUCCAACCUAAGCAACCCCCUCCUCAAAAGUCUAACAUGGAGUUGAUGAUGGAAACUUUUAUAGCCCAAAAAAGUGAAGCAAUGAAACAAGUAGCUCAAUUGUCACAAAAAGUGGAUUCCCUUAGCACUCACAACAAGAUGCUAGAGACCCAAAUUGCCCAAUUAGCUACUUCUUCUCCUAGAAAUUCCGGAUCUUUGCUUAGCCAAGGAGUGCCACCUAAAGACCAAUGUCAUGCCAUAGUUACUAGGAGUGGAAAACAAUUUAGGGAGGUGGUGGAUACAAGAGUUGAGAAAGAGCAUGAAGUUGAAAGUGAAAAUGAAAAAGCCAUUGAUAUUGAGGAUGAUACAAGCCCUAAGGCUAGUGAAAAGGGCAAGAGCUUAGAAGAGAACCUUAGGAUUGUUGAGGAAGCCAAGAGUACACCUCCACCCUACACACCUAAGCUUCCCUUUCCUUCUAGGUUUGCCGGUGCAAAGCUUGAUGAUCAAUUUGCCAAGUUCCUUGAUGUCUUGAAGAAGCUCUACAUUAACAUCCCUUUCACCGAAGCCAUUAAGCAAAUGCCUACCCAUGCCAUGUUUUUGAAAGAUGUUUUGAGCAAAAAGAGGGCCUUAGAUUGUGUGGAAACCAUUAAUCUCACGAAGAAUUGUAGUGCAAUCAUCCAAAAUAAGUUACCCACCAAGCUUAAGGACCCCGGAAGCUUCUCCAUCCCUUGUGCCAUAGGAGACAUGGUUAUUGACAAGGCUUUGUGUGAUUUAGGUGCUAGUGUGAGUCUUAUGCCCUACUCGGUUUGCAAGAGAUUGAACCUAGGAGACCUUAAACCUACUCACAUCUCCCUUCAAUUGGCCGAUAGAUCAGUAAAAAUGACUGUUGGAAAGCUUGAAGAUGUCCCUCUUAGGGUUGGGAAGUUCUACAUUCCCGUUGACUUUGUUGUCUUAGAAAUGGAUGAAGACCCUAAUGUGCCAAUAAUCUUUGGUAGACCAUUUCUAGCUACGGCGGGGGCUAUUAUUGAUGUGAAAAAUGGCAAACUAACUUUUGGGGUAGGUGAUGAACAUGUAGCUUUUAGCUUCACUCAAAUUAUGAAAUGCCCUUCUUAUUUGGAUGAUUGCAUGCGAAUUGAUAUACUUGAACAUGUUAUCCAUGAAAGUAGGAACAUGCAUUUGCAUAAUACUCAUGAUCCUCUUGAGUUUGCUUUGUUGAAUGUCAAAGACUAUGAUGAAGAAAAUGUGUUACAUAUGAUUCAAGCUUUAGAUGUGAUGGAACAUAAGAGUUUGAAUACUCAAGGUGAAGACUUGGAGAAUGAACCCACCAAGGAGGUACAUAAACUUGAUCUUAAACCCCUUCCCCCGUCUCUCAAAUAUGUGUUCUUAGAUGAAUCUAGUCCGAUUAUUGUUAAUGCUAACCUCAAUGAUGAUCAACUCUCAAAACUCCUCACGGUUUUAAGAGCUCACAAAAAAAUCCAUUGGGUAUAGCAUUGAUGAUCUAAAAGGGAUAAGUCCGGACUUUUGCAUGCAUCACAUUGCCCUUGAGGAGGGUCACAAGCCUUCUAUUGAGGCUCAACGAAGGUUGAAUCCCAAUAUGAAGGAAGUGGU